AUGCAACGGCACGGCAGAAUGGCGAGGACACCCACAUCGGCAGCAUCCUUUAUGCGCGGGUAUUCGGCGCUCGCGUUCCCGGCGCGGACCCUCCACACUUCAUUGCCUGCUGCUUUACGAUCAUCUGCGAUGAAUCGCGUGGUGGUCCCCUCCACCGCAUCAGGACCCUCCUGUACAACUGUGCCUUCUCUUGGCCGCGUCCGAAGUCGGUGUGUGCCAUCUGCGCUGUCGAUCGGAACGAGAUUCGUGCCGGCAUCAUCGACGUCAAGGCGGGGAACCGCUUCUGCCGCCGCGCCCCUUCAAGAUCUACACCCACAGACUCAUCCUAUGGCUCCCUCCGCCUCCACUUUUGAUACUACCCCCGUCUCGCUCAUUUUGGACACGGCUAGUGCCACGCGAGCCGUGCCAUCCACACAGACCAUUCUGCUCUCCGACAGGGCAAAGAAGAAGCUGCGUGGGCUCACGUCCAAGCGCGAGGGAGGAGCCAUACUGCGCGUUGAAGUGCAGAGCGGCGGCUGUUCCGGCUUCUCCUACAAGUUCACUGUAGAGGACAGGCCACUCACCGAAGAAGACAUACUGAUCGAAGAAGAGGGUGCACGAGUGGUGGUGGACGAUGUGUCGCUACCCUUGAUCAACGGCGCGACGCUCGACUGGGACGAGAAGCUGAUCGGCUCCAAGUUCCAGAUGCUGGCCAACCCACACUCGGCCGGCGAGUGCGGCUGCAAGUACUCCUUCACGCCGAAGGACUGA